CUGUAUUUUUUUUCUCCUGGAAACGUUAGGGGAUGACAAGGUUCCGAAAAUGUUGCGGAGAGGCCUCGCCCAGCUGUCGCUGAGCAGCAUGAAGUCGGGGAACCUAUGCAUAGGCCGUCCGGUCUUGCUGACCUCCGCCGGUGGGCGACAGGAGGUCUGUACUGCUUGGCCCACCACAGGCUUUCCAGGUGGGAAAGUUGGGCUGAAUGAAACCACACAGAAGAACCUGAGAGUAAAUCCAGGUGAUGCUGUCACUGUGCAGCCUGUGACUGGUGCGGUCAUCCAGGCAGAGGAACUGGAUGUAAAGUUGAGGGACAAAGAUGCCACUGUUAAUGCUGAGGAAAUGUCUGUCUGCCUGCUGAGAAAUUUAGAUGGGAAAAUAGUUUUACCAGGAAACCUCUUGGCUUUCUCAUUCUAUGGCAAACUUUGUAACAUCCUGGUGAUGAAAGUGAAAGGAACUGAUGGUGUAGAGCUGACUGCCCUGGGCAGUGCCAUUUCCAGUGAUAUACAUGAGCCAGACCUUGAAAGAUCUGAAUUGGAGAUGAGUACGUUAGAUUUGUCCUUAUCACUCAGCAAGUUGGACAUUGACGAUAGUCCAGAGGUUCCAUCUAUGAGCACACCAAGCAAACCGAUGGAUCCAGGUUCACCAGUUACACCCAGUUCUGCACUGGCAGCCAGUGGUCAAGACUCUGGUCAGGGUGGUGAAACCUACAUCAAGGGAGAUGGUGCAGACCUCACUGAUGAUUUGGAGUUGGCUGGGAAAGGCGGCAGUGAAGGACUCCCGCUAAUUGGCAAAACUGGAGCAAUAAGCAAUACGGACACCUUUUAUUUCAUUUCUUCAAGAACUAGAAUCAAUUUUAUUGAAACGAGGACCAGUGUCACAGAAGAUGGUGAUUGUGAAUCCCGAGUGACCUAUGAUAUGAUAGGAGGUUUAAGCAGCCAGCUCAGAACUAUUAGGGAAACAGUUGAACUGCCCUUGAAGCAAGCUGAACUGUUCAAGAGUUACGGAAUCCCUCCUCCUAGAGGAGUGCUAUUAUAUGGCCCUCCAGGUACCGGGAAGACUAUGAUUGCCAAAGCCAUUGCAAACGAGGUUGGCGCUCACGUUACUGUUAUUAAUGGUCCUGAAAUAAUAAGCAAGUUUUAUGGGGAGUCUGAAUCAAGAUUGCGUCAGAUAUUUGCUGAAGCUUCUCUGCGUCACCCCUCCAUUAUAUUUAUCGAUGAGUUAGAUGCACUCUGCCCAAAGAGAGAAGGGGCUCAGAAUGAAGUUGAGAAGAGAGUUGUCGCUUCAUUGCUGACAUUAAUGGAUGGCAUUGGCUCAGAGGGCAGUGAAGGGCAGCUCUUGGUACUUGGGGCCACUAAUCGUCCUCAUGCAUUGGAUGCAGCACUGCGCAGACCAGGGCGUUUUGAUAAAGAGAUAGAAAUUGGAAUUCCUAAUGCCCAAGACCGUCUGGACAUACUCCAAAAGCUUCUUAAGAAAGUUCCUCAUUCUCUCACAGCAGCAGAGCUGACACAACUGGCUGAUAGCGCACAUGGUUAUGUGGGUGCAGACUUAGCAGCCUUGUGCAAGGAAGCAGGUUUGUACGCAUUGAGGAGCGCGCUGGGGAAAAGACCCAACCUAUUAGACAAGGAGGUGGCUGGGUCAGUGAUGAUUACUUUCAAUGACUUCCUGCAGGGGAUGAAUGAUGUCAGGCCCAGCGCCAUGAGGGAGGUGGCAGUUGAUGUGCCAAAAGUGUCUUGGUCAGACAUAGGAGGACUAGAAGAUGUCAAGCUGAAAUUGAAGCAAGCAGUUGAAUGGCCUCUCAAGCAUCCUGACUCCUUCAUCCGAAUGGGGAUUCAGCCUCCAAAAGGUGUGCUGCUUUACGGACCUCCUGGGUGCUCAAAAACAAUGAUAGCAAAAGCUUUGGCACAUGAAAGUGGCCUCAACUUCUUGGCAGUGAAGGGACCUGAGCUGAUGAAUAAAUAUGUUGGUGAGUCUGAACGAGCAGUGAGAGAGAUCUUUAGGAAAGCCAGAGCGGUGUCUCCUUCAAUUCUUUUCUUUGAUGAAAUAGAUGCCUUGGCAAUUGAAAGGGGAAA